GGGGGUGGGGGGGUGACAAUGCCAUUUCCAGUUACAACGCAGGGAUCACAACAAACACAGCUGCCACAGAAGCACUAUGGCAUUACCUCUCCCAUCAGCUUAGCAGCCCCCAAGGAGACUGACUGCCUGCUUACACAGAAACUAAUUGAGAUUCUGAAGCCUUUUGGGGUUUUUGAAGAGGAAGAGGAACUGCAGCGCAGGAUUUUAAUUUUGGGAAAAUUAAAUAACCCAGUAAAAGAGUGGAUACAUGAAAUCAGUGAAAGCAAGAAUCUUCCACAAUCUGUAAUUGAAAAUGUUGGAGGAAAAAUUUUUACAUUUGGAUCUUACAGAUUAGGAGUACACACAAAAGGUGCCGAUACUGAUGCGUUGUGUGUUGCACCAAGAUAUGUUGAUUGGAGUGACUUUUUCACCUCAUUCUAUGAUAAGUUAAAACUACAGGAAGAAGUAAAAGAUUUAAAAGCUGUUGAAGAGGCAUCUGUGCCAGGUAUCAAACUGUGUUUUGAUGGGAUAGAGAUUGAUAUUUUAUUUGCAAGAUUAGCACUGCAGGCUAUUCCAGAAGACUUGGACUUACAAGAUAACAGUCUGCUUAAAAAUUUAGAUAUAAGAUGCAUAAAAAGUCUUAACGGUUGCAGGGUAAUGAUGAAAUUUGACACCUAGUACCAAACAUUGACAACUUCAGGUUAACUCUGAGAGCUAUCAAACUGUGGGCCAAACACUACAACAUCUAUUCCAAUAUAUUAGGUUUCCUCGGUGGUGUUUCCUGCGCUAUGCUAGUAGCAAGAACUUGCCAGCUUUAUCCAAAUAGCUGCAAUAGCAUCAACUCUUGUACUUAAAUUUUUCUUGGUAUUUUCUAAAUGGGAAUGGCCAAAUCCAGUGCUAUUGAAACAACCUGAAGAAUGCAAUCUUAAUUUGCCUAUAUGGAACCCAAGGGUAAAUCCCAGUGAUAGGUACCAUCUUAUGCCUAUAAUUACACCAGCAUACCCACAACAGAACUCCACAAACAAUGUGUCUGUUUCAACAUGGAUGGUCAUGGUUGAGGAGUUUAAACAAGGUCUUGCUAUCAUAGAUGAAAUUUUGCUGAGUAAGGGAGAGUGGUCCAAACUUUUUGAAGCUCCAAACUUCUUUCAAAAGUACAAGUAUGGCCCUGGCCGGUUUGGCUCAGCGGUUAGAGCG